AAUAUAAACCGAAAUAAUAAAUACAAGUAGUUUAGUUCAGUUCAGUUCGGAAACUUAAACGCACAUCGCUCUACGAUUAAAUAGAAUUCUAAAAAUGUGUAGUAAAUUGUUGGUUGUCUGUGCGCUGAUUGCAUUCGUCUGUUUGCCGUUGGCCAACUCCUUGACUUGUUACACCUGCACUGGCCCAGCGGAUUGCAAGAAUCCCAGGACACAUACCUGCUCGGAUGCUACAGCCAAUUUGACGAGCAACUAUUUGCGCGUUCAUCAUCAGUUUGUGCCCGAACUAAAAAGCACCAGUUACAAUUGUCUCGGUCUUGACUAUAUCUAUGCAACCAAUAACUCCGUUGUUCACAAAGUCUAUGGAUGUGUUCAUCCAAACGCGCAAGCCUGUUCGCUAUACCUGAAACCAGAAUAUUCGAGCUGGAGAAAGUCGAAGUGCAACACCUGCUCUGGUAACAACUGUAACAAGAGUCCAGCUGGCAAGAUGAGCAGCAGCGUCUUCACAAUUGCAGCAACCGCAUUGGCCGUCAUGCUGUCCAAAAUCUAUGCCUGAAUGAAUCACCACGUUAACCUAUUGCAUAAAGUAUAAUUUUAUUAUUGAAACUGAAUAAUCAUUUAGCAGGCUUAUCACGUCCGAUAUGAUUGUAUGGAGUGAAACCCCUCCGAACUGAAUUGAGGCCAUAUAAAUAAAAGUCGGUGUUUCUCAACGAUUUUAGAAUUGUGA